AUGAAAUGGAUUGUUACCCGCUACCCAAAACCAUCCGGCCAACUCAUCGCGCUAGGCGCCAUUCUGUCCGAUCCGGAAGAUCCAGAAACUCGUCUGAAUUGGCACAGUACAACAGACAUUGACCCAAAAUAUUUAAUCGACGAAUCUACAGCUGUUCAACGCGUGAUACACGCAGGAAUAUCCAAUGAUGACCAUAUUAUGCUCAAAUUGACUCAGCUUCUGGGUGGUGGGCUAAAUGCCAGCGGAGGGGCCAAAGAUGAUAGGAAGACGACCAUUGACGCAGUGGAUGUUGAAGCGAAAACAUUUUUGCCGGAUAAAAAAUACAUGAAUGCCUGUAUGGAGACCCCCGAAGUGCAGGAAUAUGUCAAAAAAUGCAAUUUUUCGAAGACACUAUACAUGAUAAUUGGCGUUGCAUCAGCAAACAAGCUUCGCAUAAGAGAAGAAUCGUCAAAACAGCGCUCUGCAGGGGUGGGCGUAACUGCUUCAUACCCGGGAGGACUUGACUUGGGGACUGUAGGAGGGUGCCAUAAGAACACGCAGACAACUGUUUCGGAGAUGGGUACGGAACAGAAAUGUGAUUUCGCUUAUCGGAUUCGAGAAUUUACAUAUUGGAAGUAUAGGAGGGAAAAGGUCAAAAUGAAGGCUGAUCGGAAUGCAGGAGCACUGUUUAGAACUGGAAACACGGAAAAUGACGAGGGCUAUGACGAUAGCGACGACAGUGACAACGAUGCUUACGAGAAUGUUGCUCUAUUCAAUGAGUUGAAAGAGGUGGAUGUUUCUCGAAGCAAUGAGACGGUUUUUUAUUUUGAAACCUAAGGUAAAUGAUAAAAGACCAUAAAAGCAAGAGUCUAUUAUUACAGUAUAUAAGAAUUCGUAACAUUUCAUAUUAUAUUAUAGUUUGAAAGCAUCUGCAAAUAAAUGUGA